AAGGGAGGGAGGAGGGGAGGAUAGUGAGCAAGGGAUGGGGAGAUUGCUGGACUGAGCAGCGAGAAGUGUUACUACAGAGCUGCUGCUACUGGAGGACAGGCUGGGAGCGGAGGAUAAUGCUCCAUCCAUCAGCGGACAGCGGCGCCGGACACCCUCUGAUUUCUCGUAGCAGCGGCUCUGAAGGAAGGCGCUUUUCAUUGUUGAGGCAGUGAUUGCCUCAUUUUUUCCUCUUUUGAUUACAGUCUUAUUCAUCAUCUCCGUGCCCCCCCCCUCCCCUCCUCAUUCCUUAUUCCACUGCAACUGGCAACUGCUGGGCUCCCCCUCUCUCCUUUUUCCUACUUCUGUCCCUUCCGCCAGAAGAGGGAUUUUCUGUGUUUCAUCGGAAAUUGUUGAAGACAUGUCUCUCUGGGAAUGAUGGUGUUGCUACUGUUGCCUCCCUCUCUGUGGCCAUGACGAUGCCGUUCAGCCCCCUGUCCAGCGACGAGGAGCAACAAAGGAUGCUGGGAAACAGUCGCCAUAUGUAUCCAGGGGCAGAGGACGAGGAGGAGGAGGAGGAGGAGGAGGAGGAAGAAAUGGAGGAAGAGGAGCGCGACGAGGACGGGGAGGAGGAGGAGAACGGCGAGCUGGAGGGAGACGAGGAGGAAGACGAAGAGGACUUGAUGGAGGAGGUCAGGAGGGGAGGCCUGUCGCGGGGGGGCAGAGGGGAAGGACACAGGCAGUCAAACAAGCUGGCCGGACGAGCCGGCGGCGACAGACAGGUACGGCCAGGGAACCCUGGACACACCGCCAACCCCUACUCAUCCAACCCGGCACCCGCUCACCAGCAGACGGCCAAUCAGCAGCAGCCGCAGCAGCAGCAGCCGCAGAGGAGGCUGAAGGAUCGCAGCGCCAACUCCGAGGACGCCCACAUCGCCAUGAUGGUGUUUCGCAUUGGCAUCCCGGACAUAAAGCAAACGAAAUGUCUGCGCUUUAACCCAGAUGCCACAGUGUGGAAAGCCAAGCAGCAGGUGCUGUGCUCCCUCACCGAAUCCUUGCGGGACGUUUUGAACUAUGGUUUGUUCCAGCCUGCCACAGAUGGCCACGAUGCCAAGUUCCUGGAGGAGGAGAGGCUGCUCAGAGAGUACCCACAGUCCUUUGAGAAAGGGGUGCCAUAUUUGGAGUUUCGUUACAAGACGAGGGUAUACAAACAGACCAAUCUGGAUGAGAAGCAACUGGCCAAACUGCACACCAAGGCCAGCCUGAAGAAAUUCAUGGAUUAUAUCCAAACCAGUGCUGUGGACAAGAUGGGCAAGUUUCUAGACAAGGGCCUUGAUCCCAACUACCAGGACUCUGACACUGGAGAGACUCCACUGUCCCUGGCGGUGCAAUGUGAACCGGGUGGAGGUGAACCCAUCCGUGUUCUGGUGGAGGGAGGGGCUCAUAUCGACUUCCGUGCCAAAGAUGGACUCACACCACUACACAAGGCUGUUCGAGGCCACCGCCAUACAGCCCUACUGGUUCUGCUGUCUCUGGGUGCGUCUCCAGACUAUAAGGACCGGCGUGGGCUGACCCCACUGUACCACACUGUGCUGACAGGAGGUGACACAUCCUGCUGCGAAACACUUCUUUACCACCGUGCCAAACUGGGCAUCAGGGACGAGAACGGCUGGGAUGAGACACAUCAGGCCUGUCAGAAUGGUAACUCGCAGCAUCUGGAGCACCUUCUCUUCUAUGGGGCAGAUUCCUCCUCUCAGAAUGCCUCUGGAAACACUGCCUUGCACAUCUGUGCUUUAUACAACAAGGAAAGCUGUGCACGAAUUUUGCUCUACAGGGGAGCAAAUAAAGACACAAAGAAUAACAGUGGGCAGACCCCCUUUCAGGUGGCUGUCAUGUCUGGACAUUUUGAGCUGGGAGAAAUUAUCAAAAAUCAUCGGGACACAGAUGUGGUUCCCUUUGUGGAGUCCCCGAAGUAUGCCCCUCAGAGGCGAGAGAGCGUCCGAACACUGACAAUACCCCACCCUCACCCCUUUCUGCGGGCCAACAGCGACAGCAGCAUGAACCUGCCAGACUGGAUGGCGGUGCCCAACGCCCCAGGAACAAACAUUGUGUCUGUCCAGGGCUACAAGCAUACCGGUACUCUUCGGAGCUCUAGUAGUCCCAGAGGAGCGAGAACACGAUCCCCAUCCCGGGGUAGGAUUGGAGACAAGGAGGACCGAAGCAGGCAGUGUCGGAGGGGGCCUGCCACUGUCACCACCACUGCACAAACUGCAGGGCAGCGGAGACGCCUCUACAGCGCUGUCCCAGGACGAGUCUUUGUAGCAACUCGAGCGCACUCUGCACAAGGAGAGCGAGAAAUCAGCUUUAAUAAAGGAGACAGGGUGAAAGUGUUGAGUGUUGGCGAAGGAGGAUACUGGGAGGGGACAGUCAGGGGUCGCACAGGCUGGUUCCCCUCUGACUGUGUGGAGGAAGUGAUGCUUCGAAGCCAAGACAACCGAUCAGAGAGCCGUGGAGAACGAGCCAAAAGACUGUUCCGCCAUUACACUGUGGGUUCCUACGACAGCUUUGAUGCUCCUAGUGACUACAUAAUCAAGGAGAAGACUGUGCUUCUGCAGAAAAAAGACAGCGAAGGCUUUGGUUUUGUGCUAAGAGGGGCCAAGGCCCAGACUCCAAUUGAGGAGUUCACUCCCACCCCGGCCUUUCCUGCUCUGCAGUACCUGGAGUCUGUGGACGAGGGAGGCGUGGCCUGGAGAGCUGGUCUCAGGAUGGGGGACUUCCUGAUAGAGGUCAACGGCCAGAAUGUGGUGAAGGUUGGUCACAGGCAGGUCGUUAAUAUGAUCCGUCAAGGAGGAAACAGCCUCAUGGUGAAGGUUGUCAUGGUAACGCGCAACCCAGACAUGGAGGAGGGUUCAAGAAAGAAAAUCCCACAGCAGAGCAAAAGGCUAAGCACUCCAGCUAUUGCCCUACGAUCCAAAUCCAUGACUUCGGAGUUGGAGGAGAUGGUGGAGAGAGCUGCUACCCCUUGGAAAAAAAAAUCAGAAUUCGAGUCCUCACAAGCUACAGAGAAGAAGAGGACAGUCUAUCAGAUGGCUUUGAAUAAACUAGAUGAAAUUCUUGCAGCAGCUCAGCAGACCAUCAGCACGAAUGAGGUGCCAGGGACACGGGGACAGGGGCCAAAGAGAGAAAGGGGAAGAAGUUUCUAUGGCAAUGAGCCCAGUUACGGGGAUCAGGCCGGGGUGAUGUCAUCGGGCCUCGGCUAUGACCGCGGACAGUACAGCUCAGGUCACGCCCCACAGCACGGUAUGCUGCGGCAGAAAUCCAUCGGGGUGCCUGAAGAGGAGAAGCAGUUUCUGCAUCCUCCAGCAAUGAAGUUCGCUCGAAGUCUGUCGGUGCCUGGCCCAGACGACAUCCCCCCUCCUCCCACCACUGCUCCACCAGACCCUCCAUUCUCCUCUGCUCCGCCUUUAGGCUGGAGGACUAAAUCAUCUCAACAGCCCUCUGUCUCUGUGUCCCAGUCCACCUCGACGUCUGCCCACUACCAGCCCUACUCCCAGGCGAUGCAUUUCACCCAUGGGGGCAGGGAGAGGGCUGGUGUUCCCAGCACUGCCCCUGGUGGCACAGCAGUGGACCACACAGUGACGUAUGCACAUGCAACUGCCCAUACUGCUCAAAGCAGGACUGCUUCGCGGAAGGUUGCCUAUACUGGGGAGCCUGUUGGAGCUGGCAUAGGGGUUGGUGGAGGGGCGAAGGCAGCAGGUCUUAGGAGAGGCUACAGCACCGCCGUCCCCCCAUCUAGUAUUGCUACUGUAAUGCCCCAGCAGCAACAGACUACCCAGAGCCAACCCCAGCGAGCAGACCGCAGUGCAGCAGGGACUGCAGCGGGGGGUCCGAAAGGAGGUGCCCGUCGAGUUAAGGGCCCCCUGGUGAAGCAGUCCAAGGUAGAGGAUCUGCGCAUGGGCCAGGGGACACUGGGUGGGAAAGGCUCCAUGGAGAAAAGCUCUAUUCCCAUCCCUACAAUUAUCGUCAAGGCCCCUUCAACCAGCAGCAGUGGACGCAGCAGCCAGGGCAGCAGCGUGGAGGCUGAUGUGCCUGGACCAGGUGAGACAGAUGAUGCCAAAACCCCCCAUGGUCCUCCUCCCUCCACCCCUGCUCCACAGCCUCCUGCCCCACCUUCCAUUCCUGCACCACCUCCUCCAUCCUUGCCUUCUAUGCGAGCCCAGGAAAACCUGGACUUUACCAGCCAAUUUGGGGCUGCUAUUGUUGGUGCAGCUCGUAGAGACAGGGAGCGAUUUCAUGAAGCUCGCCGAAAGAGUGCCUCGUUGUUCAUGUCUGCCGAGGAGGAUGUGAGUCUUGGGGGAGUGAGUGAUGGAAUAGGCCUCCCAAGAACUCAGGUGUCACAGCAGCAGCUUAGCACACAGGCUGAAAGUUCUUCGAUACGACUGCGUCCUUCCAAGUCCAUCGACGAAGGCAUGUUUUCUGCAGACACCUUUAUUCAUCACACCAGGAGUAUGCCUCCAGCCUUUGGCCUACCUGAGUACUCCUCACCUGCACUGGAUUAUCAGCCUAAAUCUGUGCCCACUGACUUGUACACAGCAGCAGGCAGGCAGUCAGCCCCCUCCACUACCACAUUCAUUCACCCUCUAACAGGGAAAGCUCUUGACCCCACGUCACCGUUAGGCCUAGCCCUAGCUGCCAGAGAGCGUGCUCUGCGGGAUGACAGCAGGUUAAGGAGGGGGCCCGAGCAUCACUUUAGCCGCCAGAUGUCUAGUGUGGUGUUUCCUUCGUCAGCUGUUGCUUCCCAGCCAGUGUCGUCUGGUGCUCAGUCCUCAAGCUCGUCCUACCUGGUCACAUCGUCUUCUUUAGCUGCCACAACGGCCACUGUCGGCCGCCCUCCCUCACCCAGAAUCCUCAGAGGAGCUGGGAGUGUAUGGGGUGAGGAGGGCAGUGGAGGAGACAGAGAGCGGGAAGGAGGAGGGGCUAGGGAGGGGCUCAGAGUUCGCUUCUCUGAGGACAAAACAGUCCACAUGCACCACUACCAGUCUCAGCAGUAUCAGCCAACCUACAAGGAGAGGGAACGGGAGAGGUCAAGGGAACGGGAAAGGGAGCUGUUAAGAGAUCGGGAGAGAGACAAGGAGAGGGAGAGUUACAUGAGGAGGGCAGAACAGGCUGCCGCAAACGCAGCAGCUGCUGAAAGCUCUGCUCAGCAGGUGUCCCAGUCUCAGCCGCCUCGGAGACCAUCUUUUCUCAGGAUGGAAAGUCAAGCUGACGCCUAUAUAUUGUCGCUCACUCCUCCUUCUCCGCCACCGACCAAUGCUCAGCAGACAAGAGCGCAGACUACUGGGAGCACUGGGACAGGCCUGAUGGUUCUCCCCCCCCCUGCCCCAUCAGUUGAUGCAGACGACGAGUUUGUCUACGCAGACCCCCUCCCACCGCCGUUAGAGUUCGCCAACAGCUUUGAGAGGGGAAUAUCAGGGUACUCGCAACACGGGAUGCGCCCCAACAGCCUAACGUCCCAGCAACAGCAGAUCCCGCCCCCUCCGCCACCUCCUCCUCCUCCGCCUCCACCACCACCACCCCCACCAGCCCCCCAAAAAGACUCAGUUUUGGGUGGGUUUCCUGCGCACACACCCCUGCCCUCUCCUCAGGCAGGUGACUCCACCGCCUCUAGCCUCACAUCUUAUGACAGCGAGGUGGCUAAUCUGACUCAAUCUGCUCCCUCUCCAUCCCAAAUCUCACCCAACCCUCUACCUCCUCCCUCGCCAUCCACCCUCCAACCCACCUCAACAGCAGGACCUCCUCCUCCCCCGUCAGUCUCACCCCCACCUCCUCCUGGAUCGUACCACAGACCCUUCUCUAUGUCCCACCCCCACCACCUUUACAACAGCACUCACACGCCUGGGCGCUCUUCUCCUACACUUCCCCUGCACACAGCCGCACCUCCCCCAGCCUACCGCGGUCCUCUGGCGCCCUCCUCCACUUCUGCCACCGCUGGUCUUUCUAGGGGCAUCGCUUCCCACGCCACGACCGCUAGCUGUGCCGCUGUAACCACCGCUGCUGCCACCACAACAAGCACCUCCACUCAGCUCUACCAGGAGCGAACACACAUGACGCACACACCCUCCACCGCCAUCGCAGGCACUCGUAGGACAGGGGAUCACCAUCGUCCUCCACCCGCUACAAAGAAAGGAGAAUCACAGGAGACGGUUGUAGACUCUGGGAUAGAAGAGCUGGACAGUCGCAGCAGCAGUGACCACCAUUUGGACAGCAUCCUAGCUCUAAGUGGUGCUGGUGUCCGGGGGGACCGGAUGGACCGCGGGGAGAGGGGACUGGAAGCCGGCAGGAUGGGGGGAGGUGGGGCAGGGGAAUCGGAAAGAGGAGGAGAUUUUCUAGAAUCAUACAUGAGUUACUUGGAUGGACAGACUUUUGAGAUGCAGAAUGCCACAGCAGCGGCCUCCACUUAUCCAAAAAGUAGUAGGUACAGAGAAGGCACUCGUGCUGGGGAUAUACACAGACAGACCAGCACGGCUCCUGCAUCGUUCCACUCCCACAGACGAAGAGACGAACAGGAAGAGGACGAUGUGGAGGAGGGGGUGGCAGAGGAUGAAGGUGGACAGGAUGGGUACGGGGUGAGGGACAUGCAUAAUUUGGGUCGUCCUACUUCACCGUACUUUGAUCGGCCACGCACUCCGGAGAUGAAGCCUCUGUGGGGUGAAGGACAGAUGAGCGGCGACGGAGGAGGUCAGUCCGGGGCCCUUCUGGAGGGGAGGAAGAUUUACCCUCCCGCAUCCAGUAUGAAGCCCAGCAUCAUAAAUGAGCUGAGCAGCAAAUUGCAGCAAAGAAGCAAGGACAGUUGGAGCAGUCAGAGACCGCUGAGCAGACAUAGAAGCAGAAGCAGAUUUUCUGAAGAUUCGGCCUCAGCUCUGAGCCCCCCAUCAGCCCGAUCCCAGUCCCCCUCUCCAAUCUCGUUAUCGCAGCCAUCUUUGUCCCCGUCCCCCACACCUGUCUCCCAGUAUCCCAACUGGGGACGAUCUCCAUCUCCUCAGCCCCCGGCUGCUUCUCAACCUCCGCGUUCACAUUCACCGCUGUCCCCGACUUCUUAUUCCCCUUACCCCACCUCUCCCAAACACAGACCUGUUUACCGGACCAAAGCCCUAGAAUUCCAGUUUAUUCCUAGUCGUGAAUCGCGUAAAGCAGAUUCACACAUGCUCCAGCGCAGGAGAGCUCCCAGCCCUCUCAUCUGCCGGUCAGAGACGCCCAAAGUGGGCCCACCACGUCCAUCAUCCCUCCCACUUCUCCCCACCUCACCUUUAUAUAGUGCAAUUUAUGACCUCCGAGGUUCAAUCACCCCACCAUCACCUGGAAAUCCUCUUGGUGAUCCUUACUUCUCACCAUCCCCUCCACUGUUUGCUCCCUCUGGUGCCCCACCUCCUCCAAACUCUACCUUAGUUGUUUCAAGAUCCCUCUCUCCAACCCACUUCCUGUCGGGGACCUCUUCUCCACCCCUGCACCCUCUCCCCCCACCUCCCUGUCUGAGUUACCCCCAUCUACCGCCCCCUUCUCCUACAAAGCCGUUUGCCUCCAAGCCGCUUCCCUACUGGACCAAGUAUGAUGUUGCAGACUGGCUAGGAUACCUGAACCUGGGUGAGCACAGAGAACGCUUCCUAGACAACGAGAUUGACGGCACCCACCUGCCUUCCCUAACCAAGGAAGACUAUCUGGAUUUGGGCGUGACACGUGUGGGCCAUCGCAUGAACAUAGAGCGCGCACUGCGGAGCAUAAUGGACAGGCUGUCCAGCAGCCCAUUUCCCAUUUCUGUUCUCUCUCCUCGGGAAGGACAGAGCGAGAGGAGGAGGGACGAUGGGAGCCGCAGCUGAGGUUGCAAAUGCAGAGACAGAAACCCAGAGAGAGGAGGAAGGAGGGCUUAGAGUCAAUGACGGAGGAAGACACAAGUGCUGCUAUCCACAGUGGAUUCACACAGCAAAUGAGGGGGGGCCUGGCUUUCACACUGAGAGGGAGUCACGUAUCAAAGGACGAUGGAAACACAGGAGCAGUAAAAGGGCUGAUGAUCCAUAAAGACACCGGGUGGCGCUUCCAAGUGUGGCAGGCUGACUUACACCCAUAUUCCCCUCACGCUCACGCACAGUCACAGCAGUCGCGAUCACUUUUAUCCAAGAGAAGUAUGAAAACAUCCUGGUGGCAGACGAUAUUAUGAGUCAAUAGAAACAAUAUUGAACCAAAUACUUGAGUGGAACAAGCAAAAGCCAAUGAGAUUUUUUUAACAUUUUGAACUGUUUGAGGAAGUUGUGUUGUCGGCUGAAGACAUAAAGUCUCGCACCGCGCAGCCGUCGUAUUUAUCUCUCACUUGGCUGGUUGAAUGCGUCCAGAUUUAAAAGUGGAACCCACCGAGAAUUUUAAGCGUGCAAUCAAUGACAACCCCUCCCCGCGUGAUGGAUGCCGGUUUUGAAGCGUGUCUGGAAAUGGGUGCGGAUGAUGAGUGUGUGCAGGAAGGAGGCGCUGCCUUGUGAAUGCGAGGCGCGUGAGGCUGCAGGUAGUGGGGCGCGUGGCUGAUUGUUUGUCCAGCCGCAGUCGGUCAGGUCUUUAUUUUUACCUCACCACUGGUAGGGCUCUGUCCUCACUGCAGGUCCUGUCAUCAGAAUCUUAUGUGUUUCUCUAUAGCUCUUUAUCAUAGGUCUUAUAGCGACAUAUAUACAGACUGGUCACUGUAUCACAAAUUUGUAGCAAAAAUAAGUGCCCAGACCAACAACAUAAAAAAGAAACACACACACACACAGGCGCCCGAGAUACUACUAUACAUGCCUGCAUGCAUACACCAACAGGUAGACACACACACACACACACAAACACACACACACACACACACACACACACACACACACACACGCACUUAACUGUGUUUGUACAACAAGUUUAUGGGACACCUUAUAUAUAUAAAUAUAAAU